AUGUUACCAAAAUUAAAAUAUGUUAAAUAUUCAGAUCAUGACUGUGCCGCAGGUGUUUCACUACCAUCUGCUACUAAUAAACAAUUAAGUUCUAUUGAAUAUUUUUUUAUUGAUCAUGAUUGUACUAUCGACCAACUAUGUAUAUUGACAUCUUAUACACCUCAAGUUCGUCAUCUGAAAAUAACGAACUUAUCUGAAAAUGAUUCAAUCAAUGAAAUGAUAUUACCAAUUAGUUUAAUUAAUUUAACAUAUAUUUCAAUAGAACUGUGCACUAUUACAUUUGAUAAAUUUGAAAUGUUUAUUAAACAAACGGAAUGUAAUUUGGAAGUCCUACGUAUUAUCAAAGAUUAUCUUGAUGAUAAUCGAUGGGAACAAUUGAUUUCAGAAUAUUUGCCUAAAUUAAAAAAAUUUUAUGUUGAAUAUGUUCAAGAUAUUGAUCCUGAAUCUGGAUGUUCAAUAGAUUAUGAACCUUCUCAAAGAUUUACUUCAUUAUUUUGGAUUAAACGAAAAUGGGUAUUUGAACUUGAAAUGAAUUCUUCGUAUAUUACAUAUAAAAUUAGUUCAUACAAAAAAAGAUGGUAUGAUAUUAAUUCUUCGAUUAAACUUUCAAAACCUACUCGAUUGAUCAUUAAGAAUUAUGAUAAAUUUAUCAAAGCAUUAAAUUUAACUAUUCG